CUGCUCCUCGCCACCACCGCGGGCUCUCUGGAAUCCUUGCGACGCGGCCAGGAUGUCUCAGGUACGCCGCGUGCACCGCCGGGCUGCCAGGUGUAGACCCUUGUCCAGGACCGAGCUGUGUGGAAAGACCUCUGGCCCCUCCCGCCUGCCUGUCCCCAGUCCUAGCACUGGGACAGAGGCUGAGUUUGAGAAGGCUGCAGAGGAAGUUAAGCACCUCAAGACCAAGCCAGCAGACGAUGAGAUGCUGUUUAUCUAUGGGCACUACAAACAAGCAACUGUGGGCGAUGUAAAUACAGAUCGACCCGGGAUGUUGGACCUCAAAGGCAAGGCCAAGUGGGAUGCCUGGAAUGAGCUGAAAGGGACUGCCAAGGAAGAUGCCAUGAAAGCGUACGUCAACAAAGUAGAAGAGCUGAAGAAAAAAUAUGGGAUAUAAGAGACUGGAUGUUGUUGCCAGCUAUGCUUUUAACCUCACUGAUACAAUAAUGCCUUGUUUUUUCUAAUACUAUGGAUGAUACGAAAUAGUGAAAAUAACCGGUUAACCCAGUUCCUCAAGGCUGUUUAGGAUACGGGUCCAGCAGAUGAUGGGCUAAAGUGAUUACUGGCCACCCCGAGUAGUUUUUGUCUGAGAUCAAUUAAAAAUGUACUUUAAGUCUUGUAA